AUGAAGCUCCGGCCUGCAGCUCUGAGCGCCGCCUUCCUGCUCUUGCUGCUCUCACCCGGCUGCUGGAGCAGGAACGAGGAGGAGCGGCUCAUCAACUACCUGAUUAAGGAGCGAGGCUACAUCAAGGAGCUUCGUCCCGUGGAGCAGCAGCAGGACGCCGUGGACGUCUACCUCGCGCUCACACUGUCCAACCUCAUCUCUCUGAAAGAAGUGGACGAGACUCUGCUCACAAAUGUCUGGAUCGAUCACACGUGGACGGACUACCGUCUGUCAUGGAACGUGACGGAGUUCGAUGGCAUCGACAUGCUCCGCCUGCCCACCAACAUGGUGUGGCUGCCGGAGAUCGUGCUGGAAAACAAUAACGACGCCCAGUUCCAGGUGGCCUACUACAGCAACGUACUGGUAGAUAAUACUGGUCUCUGCUACUGGUUACCUCCCGCCAUCUUCCGCUCCUCCUGCUCCAUCAACGUCAACUACUUCCCCUUCGACUGGCAGAACUGCACGCUCAAAUUCACCUCUCUAACCUACAACGCCAGAGAGAUCCAGAUGCUGCUGAAGCAGGACGGGGACGGAGUCAACACAUGGACGGUGGAGUGGAUCAUCAUCGACCCGGCGAGCUUCACCGAGAACGGCGAGUGGGAGAUCAACCACCGGCCGGCCAAGAGAAACACCUACAAGCACAUCCCCAUGGAGAGCAACAAGCACCAGGACAUCACCUUCUACCUGGUCAUCAAGCGCAAGCCGCUCUUCUACAUCGUCAACAUCAUCAUCCCCUGCGUGCUCAUCUCCUUCCUGGCCUCGCUCGUCUACUACCUCCCCGCCGACAGUGGGGAGAAGAUGACCUUGUCCAUCUCGGUGCUGCUGGCUCAGUCCGUCUUCCUGCUGCUGAUCUCUCAAAGGCUGCCGGAGACUUCCAUGUCUGUUCCACUUAUUGUCAAAUAUCUGAUGUUCAUCAUGGUGUUGGUGACGGUGGUGGUGUUGAACUGUGUGGUCGUCCUCAACCUGCACUUCAGGACACCGAGCACACACGUCAUGUCUGACUGGACCAUGAAGUUCUUCCUCGAGCGGCUGCCCCGCAUCCUGCGCAUGUCCCGCCCCUCGGAGGAGGAGCCUCGCUGGGACGGAGCGUUGCCGCGGCGCUCCAGCUCGGUGGGCUACAUCGCCUCGGCGGAGGAAUACUACAGCGUGAAGAGUCGCAGCGAGCUGAUGUUCGAGAAGCAGUCGGAGCGCCACGGCCUGGCGGCGCGGGCCACGCACGCUGCCAUCGUGAAGCCGAAGGAUGAAGGCGGAGUCACAGAUCAGCUGUAUGCGGAGAUGAAGCCGGCUGUGGACGGAGCGAAUUACAUCAUCAAGCACAUGCGCAACAAGAACGCCUACAACGAGGAAAAAGACAACUGGAGCGGCAUCGCCCGCACGGUGGACCGCCUCUGCCUCUUCGUGGUGACCCCGGUGAUGACCGUGGGCACCAUCAUCAUCUUCCUGAUGGGGAUCUGUAACCAUCCUCCACACCUGCCCUUCCAAGGAGACUCGCACGACUACAGAGAGGAGAACCCCCGGCUGCUGUGA